AUGUCCACUUUAAAAGUGCCUAAGGGUAGAUCUAGAGGCCUUUCUAUUACUAGUUUUACUGAUGGUGAACUCAACAAAAUGAAUGAUUCUUUGGAUAACCUGAGGAAAGAUUUGUCACUAAUUGAAACUUCGUGGAAUAAAAUCAUUACUAAAGAUGCAAAUCCUUUGGAAUUAGCUCUAGCUUUCUUAGAUGAUACAUCUGUUGGCUUAGGUCAUAGAUAUAGGGAUUUCCAUGAAUUGAAAUCUCAAAUAGCAAAUGAUUUACAGGAGGCUGUCAAUGAGCAUUACCAGGCGUUUAAUAGCAGUAUAGCUUCUUAUGGUCAAACUCUUAAGUAUUUUAAUGGUUCUAGGGAGACUUUAAUGGAAGUGCAAGAUACGGUUAAGAACACAAUGGAAACCUUGACUAAAUCAAAUAGCGAACUAGAAGACUUGAAUAAUGAAGCGUUGAAGCAUUCACUAAUGAUUCAGAUAGUUGCUGCAAUCGAUGAGAUUAUAAAAAUUCCUGAAAAGGUUGAACGGUUAAUUAAUGAGAGGGAGUUUGGCGCAGCGUUAUCAAGCUUAUUGGAAGGAUUUUCGCUUGCUAAGAACCAUGAUCUAUGGGGUAUACCAGCAUUGCACGAUACCAGGCAGCAAUUAGAACUGCAGGAACAUAUGCUAUUUGAAACAGUUUUUGAGGAGGUCUCAGAUUUGAUAUAUUCAAAAAGACGGUCAUUUUCAUCGGAUAUUUCGCUUCUGGGCGAAACUGAAUCUGCAGAAGGAUUUAACAGCUUAGAGAGCUAUCUUUACCAGGUGAUUAAUAGUGACAUUAAUGAGCAGUCGAAAAAGAUGACACGCAUGUUGGGCGAGUUUAAAAAGAAAAUGGGAAAAGUGUUUGACGAUAAUCCUAAUAACUUGAAGUUAGCCGUACAGGGGGAAUCCGACUAUGACCGUGUGCUUAUAUUGAUGAGCGUUAUUAAUGCUAUGGAUAAAUUGCCUUUUGCUUUGAAGCGUAUCUCAGAGAGAAAUUUGGAUGAGCUACACCAGAUAGUGGUAACGACAGUCGAGGGCGUUCGUUCUAAAUUCCCAAAUAUAUUGAGUAUGAUACAGGCGAUGAAAGCAAGGACUGAAUUUGGGAUUCCUGGUAAGGACUACUUGUCAAUUGUGCUUAGAAAACUGUUUUGGGAGAUAUUUACGAAGUUUAUCACAGCAGCGCAAGUUCACCGAAUUAUCUACGAAAUUGCUAAUAAAUUACAAUCCUCUUCGACAGAUGUAUACUCCUUUGGUAAAAUUUGGAGUGAUGUUUUAAGCGAAAUCAAUACUCUUCUACAGAAUUAUGCAAGUGAUCCAACUGUACAAAAUGACACCCAUAAUUCUCACAUAACCUCUAGUAAAACAACCAAAACAUCAGGAAAGAGCUUAUUUAGUCUACAGGAGAAUUUAGUAGACAACUCUACAACUAAAAAGCAUACUGCAGAACUAAAGAAUUUACUGCAGGAUAUGUUCCCAGGGUUUGUUUCAAAUGUGAAUGUGGAUAUCAAUGAUAUAAUGUUACAGGAAGCUAACAUUGAACACGAUGAGACGUUAGUUCCAUUGUCUGUUUUCAACAUGAAGGUUAUACUGGCAUCCUUCUUGGAGUUUGUUCAGGGUACAAAAGAUAUUAUACCAGUAGAAUUACAAGAUACUUGCACGUCUUCACUCGCAUUUUUUCAAACCUACAUGAACGACACCUUCCUACCACUUUUGGAGAGGACAGUCAACCAUUUCUAUGAUCAACAGGUGGAGUCAAAGAAUCCGUAUACAUUAAGAACUAUCGAUGACAAUAGCGUUAUUUUGAAGUCUGCAGUAGACUUCAGGAAUCUCUUCAUACGCUUAUUGCACGUUAUGAACACUGGUUAUACCUAUCGUGAGGGGGUUGCGUCUUUAUUAUUGACACUAUUGGAUCGGAUCUACAGAUAUUACUGCGACCUAUUCCAAUCACUCCUAAACUCAGCUAAUACACAACUUAAUAAGAAACUUGUCGUAACAUGGCUAGACGAUAAAGAAUUGGCUCGUUUGACAGAAAAGAUUCAACAUAGUGACACAACUGUUAUUGAAGCGGAAACCGAAUCCAUGUUAAGUUAUUGCCCUGGAUAUGACACCAAUAGAGGGGUUGUUACCAAAAACGACUAUUUUAACAACGUAACUAUCGAUACCAUAACAUAUUUCUUGGGCACCUUGACAUGGAUCUGUCACUGGCUACCACAACUAAAGCAAGAGGUUAAACAAGAUGAUUAUACACUAGACAGCAAUGAUUUCGAAAAAAUGCGUACUAACUGGUCCUUUUUUGAAGCUGAAGAUAUGGAAAAUUUAGAUCGGUUAGGAUCAUUGAAGUUCCUAGUUACUGGUGAAUCGGCUGCAAAAUUCGAAGAAAUAAUGCAAGGCUUUGAAAAGCUACAGUUCAGGUUACUGGGGUGCCUAAGGUUUGAUGUGAGAGCAAGGUGCAUUUACAGUAUAACUGAAUUGAUUCACACUUCAAAAUGGGAUCCUGAAACCACCUCCAUCGAAUUGAAUCCAUACAUAACUUCUCUGACAUCCGAAAUAAGCAUGCUAGAGAACCGACUAUCACAGAGGAAUAGUGAACUGCAGCGUAAAAUCACCUUUAUUGGGCUUUCAUCUUUCAUUAACACAGUUUUCAUCAAUGGUUCGAAAUCCAUUAAAGUAAUUAAUAAAAAUGGCAUAAAAAAGAUCAUUAGAAAUGCCACAAUUCUACAGCAAACAUGUCGUAAUAUUAGCUCCACUCCUGAAUUAGAGGAUAUGUCUCUAAGCCUGAACUACUUUACUAUGUGUUUUUUGAAUGAGAAUACAUUGGUAGAAUACGAAAAUGAAGGGAAGCUUAAGCAUUAUACGCUUGACCAGCUUAAAAAUAUUUUAAGAUUACAGCUAAGUGAGGAAUAUUACCGAAAACUGAAGCAGAAAGGUAACCCGCAAUCCGAUUCUAUAAUGUCUUAUAAGCGUUAUGAGGAUGCUGUGCGUAGAUUGUCUGCUUCCGCGUAG